AUGUAUAAGAAAUUAAUUACGGCUUCUACGAAACCUUUUUCAUGGGUUUCCUUCCCAACAUCAUUACAAACUCACAUCAACAAGGCCAAUCCACUUGUUGCCAUCUCAGCAUCGUCAUCAUCACAACAACGGAAUAAAAAAUCGACCAAAGAACAAAAAUCAAAAGAUGCAAAGUGGAUGAGACAAGCAGGUGUUUUCAAAUACAAGAAACCCAAGUAUCAAAUGAAAAAAGCCGAAGAAACUGAUGACGUACCUAUUUUCAAGUUGUUUGACCAGGCAAAAGAAGAGUUAAGAGAAGAAGACCAAUGGCAUGCUGUGCUCUACAAUGACGAAAAGAUUCCAAAAGAAGGAGAAACAGAAUUAAGACCUAUUACCGAAAACUCAUUCUACAAAUUAAUUAACAAAUAUUCGAGAGAAGAACUCGAAAAUAUGACCAUAGGUGAGAUGGAUAAAGAGCUGGAUGACCCUGAUUGGGAUGCUUUUGAAUUUCAUCUUGCUCUUAGCCAAAACCAAAAGGAUGACAUUCUUUUUCAAAUUGCCGAUCAAUUAUUACCUGGACUGAUGCAAACACCUAGAGAAUUUUUACUUCCACAUGUCUCCGAUUUAGAACCACAAUUUCCAAAUGAUUACUCAAAAUUACCAAAAAACCCUAGUGACAGAAAGGUUAUUGAAGGACGCCUUGUUACAGAUGAAUAUUUAAAGAAAAUUCAUGAACAUUAUGGACACCAAGGCAGUACUCCAGAGGAAACAUUUGCUGCAUAUCGUUUAUAUCAAGAGGCUCUUUCAUAUGAAAAGAGUGAGUAUGAACAAGAAAAGGAGUUAGCAGAGAAAGUGAGAGGAGAAGCACAUAACAUUAAGCAUGUCAAAAGAGAUGAUUUGGAUAGAAUGUUUGAACUUCACAAAAAGGAUCCAGCAUACUGGACUGGUGAAAGAUUAGCUCUUGAAUAUGGUAUUACCCGCGAACAAGCAUGGUGUUCACUUCUUUUAAGAGAAUGGGAUGAAGCCCAACAAACUGGAAAGCCAUUCAGUUUUGACAAGGCAAGAAUUAUUUUCGAUGAGGAUAUUAGAAGGUCAGACAAAGAAGAUAGGCAGAGAAAGAAGGAACGAGAGGCACCAAAGAUGUUAACUAAUCAAAUUACUGAGGAAGAGGCAUACAAACGAUUUUUAGAAGAAUCAUCAAAACCAAUGAACACAGCAUCAGAUGAUAAUUUACCAGAUUAUGUCAAAUAUCCAUUCCAAGAGUUUGUUAUUGGUGAACAAGAAAGCAAAAAAGUUGAAGCUAUUGAAAAAGAAGUUGAAAAUAAGACCGGUUUUGGAUCUGAGGUGUCAAGAUACAAGUUAUACGUGGCUGAAAUGAAGAAGAAAUUUGAUGACGAAAGAGCAAGAAGAUUCAUGGUUUCUGAAGAGGAUGGUACUCUGAGAACCAUGUCUGAAGCUGAACUUGCUUUCAUGCAUCGUCAUAAGACCUUCCCAAAGACAAGAGAAGGACUUGGAGGAAAACAGAAGAGAAAGAAUCUACGAAGAAAGAGAGAAUUUUAG